UUGAAAAUUUAUGAGAGGAUACAAGUUGCAACAUAACCAGAAAUUUAUGCAACUUGAUAAAUCUAGGUCAAUUCUGUCGUCUUCUUCAAUCCUCAGAUCAUCAUCUCUUCUUGUUUUGUUCUUCGCUUAAUCUUUUGUGAUGUUUUGUGGUCGAUUGAUUUUUGGGUUUGAAAUCCUUUUUGUUAGUCCAUGGAUGAACGCCUGAACGGAGCGUUUUCAGUAAGAUUUCGAUUCCAUUUCUGACUAUUGAGUCUUGAUUAUCUGUGUUUGUUUGAUUAUUGACGACGUAAUUUCCAUCCAUGGGUUCGAUCAAGAAAUAGUUAAGAAAUUUCCCUAUUUGGUUCAAUUAGUUCUUGUUCCAAAUCUGUGUUCUGAGCAUUGUGAUUUUGUUCAAUCUUUGUUACUUUUGAGCUUCUUUCUUCAGUUAUCUUAGUGGAAACGCAUAUUUUAAGCCAUGGACGAUCCUUCCUCGUCUUCUUAUGUGUCAAAUGGGUCCAGUUAUAACAACGUUGCUGCAACAUUCAGCAAUGACCCUUCUGCGAACUCUGACCAUUUGUGCCUUAACAAGCUAAGCGCAAGCCUCGAGAAGCUAGUGGAUGAUUCUGACUAUGACUAUACCGAUGCAGUGGUUGUUGUUGAGGGCAUUGAAGUUGGUGUUCAUCGCUGUAUAUUGGCGGCUCGGAGUCUGUUUUUUCAUGAGCUUUUUAAGCAGGAAAUGGAUAGCUCCACAAAAGAUGGAAAGCCAAAAUAUUGUAUGUCUCAAUUGAUACCUUUCAGUAAGGUUGGAAUUGAAGCUUUCAAGGUUAUCUUGAAUUACUUGUACACGGGAAAGCUAAAGCCAUUGCCACCAGAAGUGUCAACGUGUGUGGAUGAGUCCUGUGCCCAUCAUGCUUGUGGCCCUGCUAUUAAUUUUACUCUACAAUUGUUGUAUGCUUCUGCCACUUUCAAGACGAAAGAGAUGGUAUUGCUUGUUCAGCGUCGGCUCCUAAGUUUUGUUGAGAAGGCAUCUGUGGAAGAUGUGAUGACUAUACUGAUUGCUGGAUACCAUUGUCAUCUGGACCAGCUACUCUCCCCUUGCAUCCAACGAGUCGGGAGGUCGAACCUUGAGGCUAUAUCUAUCGAAAAAGAGCUUCCAAAUGAAGUUGCAAGUGAGAUUAAGUCACUGCGUAUGAAAUCUCAGGUAGAGACUGAACCAAAUAUUGUAGAAGAGGUGGACCUAAACCGUGAGACGAAAAUCAGAAGGCUCCACAAAGCAUUGGAUGCUGAUGAUAUUGAACUAUUGAAACUUCUUUUAAAUGAAUCUUCUGAUAUUACAUUGUAUGAUGCUUACGCCCUUCACUAUGCAGCUGCCUAUUGUGAUCCUAGAGUGAUUAAAGAGGUUCUUAAUCUAGGCUUGGCAGAUCUCAAUCUUAAGAAUCCUAGGGGACAAACAGUUCUUCAUGUUGCUGCAAGGCGUAAGGAUCCUAAAAUCAUUGUGGCCCUUCUGGAUAAGGGAACCUCUGCUUUAGAACGUACAGCUGAUGGACAAACUGCGGUUACAAUCUGUCGGAGGCUGACUAGGCCUAAGGAUUAUAAUGAGAUAACUGAUAAGGGACAGGAGUCUAAUAAAGAUCGGUUGUGCAUUGAUGUGUUGGAGAGAGAGAUGUGUAGGAGUUCAGUUUCUGGUGGCAUGGAAAUGGAAACUCAGAUUCCCACGGCUGAUAUGCAUAUUCUAGAUUAUCUUGAAAAUAGAGUGACCAUUGCUCGUUAUGUUUUCCCUGCCGAGGCCAAGCUCGCAAUGGAUAUUGCGGAUGCCAAUUUAACAAUAGCAUAUAAGGGCCUUGUAUCGUCCAAGGGGUCAUCUGGCAACUUGCUGAAGCUUGACUCGAAUGAAACACCAUCCAUGCGAACCAAAAGACUCCAAUCAAGAAUGAAAGCUCUAAUGAAAACAGUGAAUACGGGUCGACGCUUUUUCCCUCAUUGCUCGGAAGUUCUCGACAACUUUUUAGCCGAUGACAUGCCCGACCUUCUGUUCCUUGAAAAGGGAACUCCAGAGGAGCAGCGGAAGAAGAAGGCUCGGUUCAUGGAACUUAAAGAUGAGGUUCAAAAGGCAUUAUCCAAGGACUUAGCGGAGAACAACCGAUCAAGCGUUUCAUCGUCCUACUCAUCCUCUUCCUCGCCAAAACCGAGCGCAAAGCAGAAGGGUAGGAGAAAAUAAAGUGAGACCUGUGCUGUAGAGUUUGAAUGUACAAAUAUUCUUGAUUUUCUUAACAUAUCCUUUCUGUUUUCGGGCUGUAAAAUAGUACCAACUUUUUAGCUCACGUUAAUAUUAAAACAUUAAACUUCGACCAAAAUGUCAAGUUCGUAUUCCAUCCUAUUGGAACGAAAUCAAUGAAAUUAAAGAAUUACCUUUUCGUUC